AUGGCAUCUUUACGUGCUUCGCUCUUGCUCUCUUCAGCGUCUUCUUCUUCUUCUUCUUCUUCUUUUUCUUGUAAGAGAAGAAUCAUGGCUACAUUCCAACCCCCGAAACUUGGGAGGACCGUUACACUCAAGAACAAUACCAAUAACUUGGGAUUAUUAAGAAUUGAAGAAGGCCAAUACACAACCCUUACCAAUACCAAAAGCAGGAAGACCACAACCAUCGUAAGAGACGAAGAAGACUCUACAGUCUCAACUGCCACCUUCAUCUCUGAGCUCUACCUAAUCGCAGAUGCGGUUGCCGACAGAGUAGAGAUGCACACCAACGUCGGCGAGCAGAGGGAUAACUGGAACACUCUCCUUCUCACCUCUAUCAACACCAUCAUCCUCACAGCAGCAACCAUGGUUGCUCUCUCUGGUACAACAACUUUAACCUCCUUUCUCCCUUUCCCACCUCUCAACCUAUCUUCCACUCUCUUGUUCUCUGCGGCGGCAGGGAUGAUGGUGGUGAUGAAUAAGAUCCAACCCUCUCAACUGGCAGAAGAGCAGCGCAACGCUGCAAGGUUGUUCAAGCAACUCCAUAGGGAAAUCCAAACAACCCUUGCCAUUGGGAAGACUCCAACGGCAAGGGAUGUAAAGGAUGCCAUGGAGAAGGUCUUGGCCCUCGAUAGGGCCUACCCUCUUCCCUUACUUGGAGUCAUGCUCGACAAGUUCCCCGCAACUGUGGAGCCCACUGUGUGGUGGCCUUCACCUUCACCUAAUUCACCUAAUUCACCACGAGAACAGCAUGAUCAGCCAGAAAAGAAUGGAUGGAGUGAGAAACUGGAGGAGGAGAUGAGAGAGAUUGUUAGGGUUUUGAAGAGAAAGGAUGGUGAGGAAUAUAAGAGAUUGGGGAAGUUGGCGUUGAAAAUAAAUAAAAUUUUAGCGGUUUCAGGACCUCUACUAGCAGGCGUAGCUGCAGUUGGGUCUGCCUUUGUGGGGUCAUCUCCUUCUCAUCAUCACGGCGGGGGUUUGGGUUUGGGUGUGGCGGUGAGUGUUGCUGCGGGAGCACUAGCUAGUGUAGUGAACACGUUGGAGCAUGGAGGGCAAGUUGGAAUGGUUUUCGAGAUGUAUAGGAAUUCUGCUGGCUUCUUUAAACUACUUGAGGAAUCCAUUGAAGCCACCUUGAACCAAAAAGAUGUGGAGAAGAGAGAAAAUGGAGAAUCUUUUGAAUUGAAGGUGGCUCUGAACUUGGGGAGAAGCCUAUCGGAGCUCAGGGAUCUUGCAUCUCAUGCUUCCUCUACUUCUAAUUUUUAUUAUUCUUGUAGUAGAGAUGAAGAGGCCAGCGACGAGUUUGCUAGCAAACUCUUCUGA